AUUCCUCUCUCAGGUGAUCGGAAGCACCCCGCUAGAUUCGGGGUCAUACCCGGCGCUUGUCUUCUACUCUAAAGCUUAGCUACAUUUUGUUGCCUUUCGGUUUGCGGUCCAGUCUCGCCCAAAGAUCUCACUCAAUUGUGUAUCUGAAACAUCUCGAAUCCCCCCCCCCCGACGUGUUCCUUAAUCUCGUCCGUCAGAUGUUCACCUCGCCUUAUGAUGGCCUCUCGGACCCUGAGAUUCUCGAUGUUUUAGUCGUCGGCGCGGGAAUCUCAGGUAUUAAUUGCGCCUUUCGCCUGCAGACCGAGCUUCCUGGCAUCGAAUUUGCCGUUCUGGAGGGCCGCAGCAACAUUGGCGGAACGUGGGACCUUUUUAAAUACCCUGGCGUACGCGCUGAUACCGACCUUCACUCAUUCGGGUUCCCAUGGUAUCCCUGGCCGUUCGAUUGUCCGAUUGCCGACGGUUCUCUCCUAACAUCCUACCUUUCGAGUGCCAUUUCGAAGUAUGAGCUCGGAAAACACAUUCGACUCCGCCAUCGUGUCGUUUCCGCGGACUGGUCUUCCGAAUCUCAACGAUGGGAGAUCGUGGUGAAUGCAGAAGGUGGCCAACUCCAAACGAUCAAAGCUCGCUUCAUGGUCGUGGCUGCUGGGUAUUACGACUACGGGUUACCUCUCAAGCCCGAUAUUCCUGGCUUAAACGAAUUUCAAGGGGAGGUCAUCAACCCGCAAAUGUGGCCGGAUGAUUUCGAAUACGAGGGCAAGAAAAUCGCCGUGAUAGGCAGUGGCGCGACAGCAAUUACCCUCUUCCCUGCCCUGGCUAAGAAAGCUGCCGAGAUUACGAUGGUACAGCGAAGCCCUUCAUACAUCUUCUCGGGGAAACAUUCCACCUACUCUCCGCCGUGGGUUCGCAAGUACCUGCCUCGAGCUAUCCGUCUGAAAUAUGAGCGGAUCUACUUCAUCGUUAUCCCUUUUCUCCUCGUCCUUUUCUGCCAGUACUUCCCUAGGCUUGCGAGAGAGAUUAUACGAAGAGACGUUUCGGAGUAUUUGCCUCCCUCGGUCCCUCAGGACCCACACUUCACACCACGAUAUAACCCCUGGGAGCAGCGUAUGUGCUUCAGCCCCGGGGGGGAGUUCCAUCGUACUUUCUACCGACCCAAUGCGAAAAUCGUGACGGGACGGAUCCGAACAAUUGGGGAGAACCGGAUACACAUGGAAGACGGGCAAAGCAUAGAGGUUGAGGUCAUCGUGACGGCAACAGGCCUGAACAUGAAGCUAGGAGGGGACAUCGCGAUACGAGUUGACGGAGAAAGCACUUCAUUGAAACAGAGACUUCUGUGGAACGGGGCUAUGUUCGAAGGGAUACCCAACAUGGCUUACACGAUUGGGUACCCGAGGCAUGCGUGGACGCUCGGGGCAGACAAUACUGCAUUUGUCGUCGUAAGACUCCUGAAAUACAUGAAAACGGAGGGGGUCACGUCCGCAACCCCGCGGCGGCCCCGGGAUUCGCAUGAGCACAAACCAGAGCCGAUGUGGCCUUUCAGCUCAACCUAUGUUGUGCGCUCAAGGAAUGACAUGCCUGUGUAUGGGAGGACGGGGCCGUGGAGGCCGAGGGAUAAGUCGCCGUUGGAUUGGAUCCACGCGCGAUGGGGAAACAUCACCCGCGGGCUGCAUUUUUCUGUCUAAUGAUAAUACCUACGACCUAUGGAAAGAAGAGACUGAGUAGUUUUCACCGAGUUGAGAGGCUCUCCGAUUGUAGUCUUAACACGAAAAGACAAAUCUACCUCCCAACCUGGGCUAAGGAUACUUACGCGCCGUCUUCUAGUACGGCGGUGGGGAUAUAUAGGCGCCGUCCUGACCAAUAGCUGGCCUUGAAUCGGCCUGUGAUGCGCCCAAAAGGGAAGUUUUUUAUACCCAACCUACACGUCGGGAUACGGAGAUGGUCCAGCGGGUGCACCAUCGUGAGGUGGGCUAAUAAGCACCUUCAACGUAGCACAUUAAGCAUCGAGCAAGUCCGGCCCUCGCAGGCAGACGAUUAGAUGCCUGGGGCGGCUUUUGUGUUCUGCAUAGAGAGAGGGAGAGUUGCUUAGGGACUGUUAGUAGUGAGCAAG